AAGAUGGCGCUGUCCAGGGGUCUGCGGUGCUGCCAGCGGGUCUUCGGCUGGGUGCCGGUGCUGGUCAUCGCCCUGGUGGUGCUCUGGUCCUACUACGCCUACGUCUUCGAGCUCUGCCUGGUGACUCUGACCAGUUCUGUAGAAAAAGUGGCCUACCUCACCAUAUUCCACGUGAUCUUUGUGUUCUUCAUCUGGACCUACUGGAAGUCAGUAUUUACACCCCCACAACAACCGGAUAAAAAGUUCCAAAUGUCCUACGCCGACAAAGAGCGCUAUGAGAAUGAAGAGAGGCCCGAAGUCCAGCGGCAGAUCCUCAUGGAAAUGGCACGGAAAUUGCCAGUUUACACAAGAACAGGGAAUGGAGCCAUUCGAUUCUGUGACAGAUGCCAGCUGAUCAAACCUGACCGCUGCCACCACUGUUCUGUUUGUGCUAUGUGUGUGUUAAAAAUGGAUCAUCAUUGCCCCUGGGUGAACAACUGCAUUGGAUUCUCCAACUACAAGUUCUUUCUGCUGUUUUUAGCAUAUUCUCUGUUGUACUGCAUGUACAUCGCUGCCACCGUCUUCAAGUAUUUCAUCAAGUUUUGGACUGCAGAGCUGACCAACGGGCGCUCCAAGUUCCACAUCCUUUUCCUGCUUUUUGUGGCCAUCAUGUUUUUUGUGAGCCUCCUGUUUCUCUUUGGCUAUCACUGCUGGCUUGUCAGCCAGAACAGAUCUACGUUGGAAGCUUUCUCAACUCCCGUGUUUCAGAACGGCCCUGAAAAAAAUGGAUUCAACCUUGGCUUUGUAAAGAAUCUCCAGCAGGUGUUUGGAGAAGAAAGGAGGCUCUGGCUCCUACCUGUUGUCUCCAGUCAGGGGGAUGGCCAUUUUUUCCCAACAAGAACCUUGAGCGAAGCUCGGAAUCCGCUGCUGGCGAACGAGGAGCAGUGGGAAGAAGACGGGCUGGAGGACGACAGCCACGGUUGCCACCGGGGUUCCUCUCUUGCAGUAGAAAUGGAGACAUAGCACUGCUGG